UUGUCAGUGUCAUCUGUCGGAUCUGUUCUGUCACGCUCAACGUUUAAAAAAAAAUAAAAAUAUUUAUACAAUUUUUUAAACUUUGAAUUGAAUUCUGAUACAUUAGUAUAAAAUUACAAAUUGAUUUGUAUCCAAAUAAACGACAUAGCAUUAAGCAAAGCAUAUAGAACUUUGAGAUUGACCUUUGUAUAAAUAAUAAAAUGGAAGUCGAAGAGAAAAUCAAGGAAGACAUGAAAAAGCUCGGCUGCAAAUGCCCCAAGAAGAUAGCCCUGGCCUAUUCUCUGUACAUCCACUUAGUGGACCAGAAGAUCAUGUAUGACACGGAAUACUGUUACAACAAAGACAUCGACACGCUGUACGUCGUCGCCAGACCCAACAGAAAUGAUAAACUAAACAUAUACGUGCCUGUGUCUACCAGCCAGGACGUAAGUAUGAACUUUAUAAACGUUUUGCAAGAGAACUUGUGCACCGUAGAGACUGGACCGAGUAUAAACUUGGCGUUUAUCGAAAGUGAUAUGACGACAGUCAUUUAUACGUUCACGAAAGGGCUUGCUGAGCGGCCGAGCGCGGAGAAAACAUCCCUUGUUAGACAGAAGGAGGAAAGGAGGACAUUCAUUAACAGUGAAUUGAAAAAGAACAAAAGUGAUUUAUUAAAUCAAGCACUGAACGGUGGCAUAGUUGAUGAUGAUGAUUGUGAAGUGUUGGAUUGACGGCUUGAGAUUUAGUUAUACCUUUAUGAUAUUAUGUUCACUGUUUUAGUCAUAUUGCUAAGUAUACCAUUGUUACUAUAGGAUACAUGUAUCAUGUUAUCAUGUACCGUGGGCAGUAGGAAAGCAAUUUUUACAUUAGACAUAAAAUGUGUUUUCUCAAUUAAGUUAUUCUCUUGUUUUGAUGAGUAAUAAAAGUAUUUUAAUUGAAGUUACCAUUUAUGCCCUAGAUAGUCAAAAUUCUAAAUCAUUCAUAUAGCUCCUGCUUCUGUUUUAUAUUUGCUGCUUUUUGCUGUAAAAGUUAAGAUCCGUCAACACAGUCUGCAUCCCACCACUAUUUUCCCCACCACCUAGAAGAUUAUGUCCCAGUCAAGUGUAGUAUAAUAUUUUGACAUGGGUUUGGUCCCCAGGUUGGGCCGAUUGAUGUUUUCUUAAUUGGUCCAGGUAUGGCGGGUGGAAGGCUUUGGCUGUGGUUAGUUACCGCCCUACCAACAAAGACAUACCGCCAAGUGAUUUAGUGUUCCCGUACUAUGUUGUGUAGAAACCAAAAGGGAUGUGGAUUUUCAUCCUCCUAACAAGUUAGCCCCCUUCCAUCUUAGAUUGCAUUAUUACUUACCAUCAGGUGAGAUUGUAGUCAAGAGCUUACUUGUAAAGAAUAAAAAGGAACAAAUCCUCUUAGUACUGUGAUAGCCAUAAUUCAUUUAAUAGUAGGUGUGAUUCCAGCCAUGUGUUGGCCUUAAUAGUCAAAGAAACCAUGUAUAAAAACCUAGACCUAAUAGUAUCUGAUUACCGUAAGGAUCUGUACCUAAGACCUGGCUAAUGACAUACUUAGUAAAACAAUAUAAUAAUAUCUCAGCAUCUGUUUCUCAUACAAUUACUGUUUUAUCAUUUGGGAACUUCAUGAUGCUAGUCUUUAUUACUUAUUACUGUAUACUGUAUUAUAUAAUACUGAAUGUAUAUUGUACUAGCAUGUUACACAGUUAAUGAACUGAAGGCUGUUGUUACAAGUCAUUAAUUGUUUUGCACAAUGAGACAUAAUAGAAUAUUCUAGACAUCAUCAUUAUGUUACAGUCAAUAUUCAUUUAUUUCAAUAAGGCUUAGUUUACAAGCCCUUUUGAAACAUCAGGUGAUAAUAAUACAAGAUAAUGGUGAUAACAAUUACUUGAAAACUUAAAAUUAAAGUUACAAGGAUUCCAAAUAUGCAUUGGUCCGACAAGAGUAAAGGGCAUAUGGAACUUAAACCCACAAUGCUGAUGAAUGAUUAGUACCAGGAUAGACAGUUUCAUAUGCUCUCAUUUGAGUAUUUUUGUAUAAAGGUUUUUAUUUUAAACUUUUUGUUAAUAAUUAAAAAAGCUUAUUUUUAAGAUUAUUGGAAAUAUUCAAAUGAUAUAUCAUUUGUAAAACAAUCAAUAAAAAGCAGCUGUUUCAAUUGCAGUUACUUGUUGAACUAUGAAAACUAAGAUUUUUCUAUAAUGUUAAGUUAAUUAUAGCUUGUAACUAAC